AUGCCGCUUUUGCUUGUCCCUGGGAUGCUCGCGAGGUCUUCCUCCUCCCGCAUCCUACCGUCGGCUGCGACCGCGGCGGUGACCAGGGCGUGGCUGACGUCGCCGCCCCUGACGCCUUGCUCCUCCGCGCCAGAGGCGGCGUCGGAGCCCAGGCGGUCCCCUCCUGUCUCGCCGUCUCGGCAUUUCGGGGACUGGAGGUCCCCUCUGAGCCACCGUGCUCUGAUCCGCUCUUCCGCCGCCGUGACGGAGCAAUUCGAGAGGCGAUUCGCUACUAUCGGUGGGUUUGCUCUGCCGUCUUCCUUUUCCUGAGUCCAUUGAUUUCGGGGUUUGUACGUUGUUUCUCUCUCGGCCUAAUCCCCAUGUCUCUUAUCCUGUGGAAUUAGCUACGAAGAACUCGUAUGAGAGCAUCUUGACCUCCCUCUCCAAGCCGGGUGGAGGCGGCGAGUUCGGGAAGUACUAUAGCCUGCCGGCUCUCAACGACCCCAGAAUCGGUCAGCCGCUGACUCCUACUGCUCUUCUCUGUCCUGUCUGAAAGAACCUUCGGAGAGUCUCGUUUCCGUUUUCAUCUUGUUUGGUUCUUCUCUGAUUUCCUGGAAACGAUGAUGCUGCAGAUAGACUUCCUUACUCAAUAAGGAUACUGUUGGAAUCGGCGAUUAGGAACUGCGACGAAUUCCAGGUGACGGGUAAGGAUGUGGAGAAGAUCAUCGACUGGGAGAACACAGCUCCAAAGCAAGUCGAGGUCCCCUUCAAGCCUGCGCGUGUUCUCCUACAGGUUCCACUUCCCACUCUGAUAUUUAUUGGGCAUCUUGAAGAAUAAGUCCAGUCCAGCGAGUUCUAUACCUGGCCUUGGCUUUAGGACAUUAUUGUUGUUAAUAUAGUGGUUUUAUUUGGCGAACUGCUCAAGCUUUAACAAUGAACGCUAAUGAUCAAAAUGUUUUUUUUCUUCCGUAUUUUAUCUCAGUCUUAUUAAUUAAAAAUCCAGACAAAGCCGUUGACCGUACAUGUGGGAGUUAUUUUAAAUAUGGUAUUUGAGUUGACCACCUUUUUCGCACAAAUUUUCAGGACUUUACGGGUGUGCCAGCAGUUGUUGACCUUGCCUGCAUGCGCGAUGCCAUGAACAAGCUUGGUAGUGAUUCAAAUAAGAUAAAUCCACUGGUCAGUGAUGCUUAUUUACGUUUCAUUUUAUCAUUCAACAUUAUCCUCUGCGUGUUCUGAUCUUUUUCCUAUGUCUGUAUGCCCUGCAUAUUGUUAAUAUAUUAUAAGUUAUCUAAAAUCGGUUUCUGAACUCUGGUGAGAUGCAUAGCACAAUAGUACAAUAGUGGUCAAUUGCCAAUGUGGAUAAAAUUAGCUCGAGAAAUCUAGGAAUUGUAGAAGGAUAAUAUAAGAUGAAUGCUUCAAUAUCACUGGGACGCUGCAUAAAAGGUCAUAGUGUUCCAUUGUUUCCAUCACCUGUGAGGAGCUUCUUCACCAAAUGACAGUGCUAUUUGUAUCUCUCUUUCACACAGGGCUUCCUUCUUUAAAGUCAUUCUCAUCUUGAGAUGUAAAUGUGUCUUUGCUUUCAUCAAAUAACUUGGUGUCUUGAAUGCCAUGACUGCAGGUACCUGUGGACCUUGUCAUUGACCAUUCAGUGCAGGUCGAUGUGGCAAGAUCAGAAAAUGCAGUGCAGGCAAACAUGGAACUCGAAUUCGAACGAAACAAGGAAAGGUUUGGUUUCCUCAAGUGGGGAUCGAAAGCAUUUAAAAAUAUGCUUGUGGUUCCUCCAGGGUCAGGGAUUGUCCAUCAGGUAUCCUAUAAUCUAGCUCUGUCGUGUCGCAUAUUAUUAAUUAUUUUUUCUUUCUUAUCUUUUCAAAAAUCAAUCUUUUUGUUGAUGGGAGAUUGUGCGCCUUCCAUUUUUCUCAAGAUUUUGACAUGAUUCUAAAAUGUGUUUGACAGGUGAAUUUGGAAUACCUCGGCCGUGUUGUGUUUAACAAUGGUGGUCUGCUUUACCCUGAUAGUGUUGUUGGUACCGAUUCACAUACAACAAUGAUAGAUGGGUUAGGCGUUGCUGGCUGGGGAGUUGGUGGCAUUGAAGCAGAAGCUGCAAUGCUUGGGCAGGUAAUCAAUGCAACAUUUUGUUUAAAAUUUUAAUUUUUGAUGAGCUUACUUGAGGAUUUCAUGGAGGGUAUGAAAUAUCACGUAUGGUUACAAGUGGACGUGUUUAUUUCUUUCUUCACACACUUACGUGAUCAAUUUUUGUUCUUUAACACUGUCCAGUCAUGGAAAGAUUUAUUUUUUGGUACAUUUUUACCAUUGUCGCUUGCAACCAAAUUAGUUUUCUCACGUGAUCUAAAUUUUCCUUUGUAUCUUAUUUAAUAAAAAAAAUUAUUCAACACAGCCAAUGAGUAUGGUGUUGCCAGGAGUGGUGGGAUUCAACUUAUCAGGGAAACUGAAGGAAGGAGUAACAGCAACAGAUUUAGUUUUGACGGUGACCCAGAUUCUUCGUAAGCAUGGCGUUGUUGGAAAGUUUGUGGAAUUUUACGGUAAGCCAAUCAGAUUUUUCUCACAUUCGGCUAUUCAUUUUGUAAUUUUAUGAUGUAUGUGAUCAUCAUAUCAUAUUUUGCAUUACAGGGCCAGGGAUGAGCCAACUUUCUCUCGCCGAUCGUGCUACUAUUGCCAACAUGUCUCCUGAAUAUGGUGCGACCAUGGGGUUUUUCCCUGUGGAUCAUGUUACUCUUCAGUACUUGAGAUUAACAGGCAGAAGUGACGAAACAGUAAGAUAGUGACAAAUUAAACUGUGUUCCUUCGCUGAUAACUUGUGAGUCAUGCUGGUUGUGAUCAAUUUCAGGUGGCUAUGAUAGAGUCUUAUUUGCGGGCAAACAAGAUGUUUGUUGAUUAUAGCCAGGUAAGAAGUUCAUUUAUUGUCUGUGCAAUGGAAUUGCCUUAUUUACUCUCUUUUCUGACUGGAAAUCAAAUCUCUUAACCAGCCCCAAACAGAAAGAGUAUACUCCUCCUACCUUGAGUUGAAUCUUGUGGAUGUGGAGCCUUGUAUUUCAGGACCUAAGAGGUAAUGUUAAGCAUGAUAGAUUUCUUGUCACUGUAAUCAUGUUACUGUUUCUUAUUCUGAAAAUUCAACUUCAUUGCAAUCGAUUAGCCAUCCCUUCUAAUUCACUAUUUUUUCUGGCGACUUUGUUUUUGUCAGACCACAUGACCGGGUUUCUGUGAAGGAAAUGAAGGCAGACUGGCACUCCUGCUUAGACAACAAAGUUGGAUUCAAGGUUUGCUUUUUUAAUUCCUUCUAUUUGAAUUUUUGAUGAUACAGUAUGGAACUUGUCCUUCUUGUUAAGCUGCGUCACUCGCUGGAAAACAAGUGACAUAAUUUUCAUAGUGUUAUUCUUAUAACUAAAAUUAUGCUCAUCUUCUUUCCUCUGAAGAACCAAGGUAUUCUCUAUCCCUAUCCAAAGUCACCCUCUCUGAAACCUUUGGGUGGCUCUUAUGUAACCACAUUUCUGGCCCAUUUAACUAUCCUUGGUUAUGACUCCCAUUCAACUUCCUUCAUCACUCUCUCACGCUGUCUUUCUUGUUCCUCUUUCUCUACCGGAUCACUCCUCAGGAAUAACAAACUAUAAUCACCUAAAACCUUCUUUUAAGAUUUAAGUAGACAAACGUAGACAACAUAUUAAGGAGAACGAUAAGUUUGAUAUCUGGGUAUGCAUUCUUUAAAUGAUGUUUUGCAGGCCAGUGCCCUUUGUUUAUAUUUAGGCUCAGACAGGUAGGGGAGGAUGUCUUGAUGAUUAAUUAUCCGUUCUUUUGUUCGAUUCCUCGUAGAGUUGUUUCAUUAUUUAAUCGUCUUAAUGGCAUCUAAAGUAUAUAACAUGAUAUGAACAUUUGUUGUAGCCUUUUUACAAGACAGAAUAACGUGUUCCUGCAUCAUAUUAUUCAGUAAAUAACUAACCUAGAGAAAUUAUUUCAUUUUAUCCUUUGGUUAUAUCUAUCCCAAGGUUGGCUGCGCUGUCUCCAUGAACAGAACACAGGAAGAACUGACAUAUUAUAGCAUGGGAUACAGAAUUGCUCUUUACAGCCAUAUUUCCUUUUUCUUCUCCUUCAUAAGUACAGGAUCAACAUAAAAGUUUCUACAAUAAAAAGGUUCUUAUGUUACAUUGUAGACUGACUAUUGACAGUGAAACGGUAAUUAGUAAUGACCUGACAACAGAUACGCUUCUUAGUGUUGAAUUAGAGUUAUCGGUUCUCUUAUGUUUUUGAGUUACUUGAAAGUAGAAAUAACGCUUUCCUAUAUUCCUCUUUGAUGUACUAUGCAGUUAGCUUUUAGAAUUUCUCCAAUAACAAGGAUGAACUGUUCAAAUAUUGCAAAAACAAAUUCUAGGUAUUGAGAUGUCCAUUUAUAGAAAUCUAUUUUUCUUUGGUCCCACCUUGGCAUUUAAAAAAAGUUUUCCCUAGGAAGAUGCAACAUAGAGGGUUAAAAGCCACUACAUAUCGAAGAACUUUGAUAGUCAUAACCAUAAAUGUUCUAGUUGGUCUGGAGCGUGUUGACUUGCGGCAUAAUUAGACAGUGAUACACAUCUGAAUCAUCCAUGACUGGUAUUUACAGGGAUUUGCUGUUCCAAAGGAAUCUCAGAGUAAAGUCGUUGAUUUUUCAUUCCAUGGAACUCCAGCGCAAAUCAAACACGGAGAUGUUGUUAUAGCAGCAAUCACCAGUUGCACAAACACGUCUAAUCCUAGUGUGAUGCUUGGUGCUGCUUUGGUUGCCAAGAAAGCGUCUGAAUUGGGUCUUGAGGUAAGAAAACGCAUUUAUGUACGUCAUGUAGCAUUAGCGAAAGAGGGAAUCCUCUCUCACUCUCUAGCUGAUGAUAUUGAUAUCCAUGGUCCUUUUCUUCUGGCCCUUUUAAACAGGUGAAACCAUGGAUUAAGACGAGUCUUGCUCCAGGUUCUGGGGUUGUAACCAAAUACUUGGAAAAGAGGUAUGGAGCUCAUACAUGAUUAUAAUUACGUAAAUCACUUGGUUACAACUCCUCGGAGUGAACUUUUCUUCUGUUUCUGUUCUCAGUGGCUUGCAGAAGUAUCUAAACCAGCUCGGCUUUCACAUUGUGGGGUACGGAUGCACAACCUGCAUUGGAAAUUCGGGAGAUAUCGAUGAGUCAGUAGCUGCAGCGAUUUCUGAAAAUGGUAAUUUAAUCAGCUGAUCCUAGUAGAUGCACAGCCUCCCUUCUCACGGUUACUAUCCAUUUGCAGACAUUGUUGCUGCUGCUGUGCUGUCGGGAAAUAGGAACUUUGAGGGUCGCGUGCAUCCUCUCACUAGAGCAAACUACCUUGCAUCCCCGCCACUCGUGGUGGCAUAUGCUCUUGCUGGCACGGUGCGUGGCAGGGAGAUUGCCCAUUGCCCCUGCUUUUCUGACAUUAUUUCCGGAAAUGACUUAUCGUCUAUCUGGUGCAGGUCGACAUCGACUUUGAGACAGAACCCAUUGGGAUCGGAAAAGAUGGGAAGAAAGUAUAUUUCAGAGACAUCUGGCCAUCAAAUGAAGAGAUUGCGAAUGUGAGCUUCACCAUCGUAUCUCCUCUCACCCAUCGUCAUCCUCAUAUGUUUCCUUUUCUGCUUCCAGGUGGUGCAGUCCAGCGUCCUGCCGGACAUGUUCAAGGCUACCUACACAGCCAUCACUGAAGGAAACCCGAUGUGGAACCAGCUCUCUGUGCCCACAAGCAAGCUGUACUCAUGGGACCCUGCUUCAACGUACAUUCACGAGCCGCCCUACUUCAAGGGCAUGACCAUGUCCCCACCCGGGCCCCACAGCGUCAAGGAUGCCUACUGCUUGCUCAACUUUGGAGACAGCAUCACCACCGACCACAUCUCUCCUGCUGGGAACAUCCAGAAAGACAGCCCCGCCGCCAAGUAUCUGGUGGAGCGGGGGGUGGAGAGGAAAGACUUCAACUCGUAUGGCAGCCGCCGUGGCAAUGAUGAGAUCAUGGCGAGGGGCACCUUUGCCAACAUCCGCAUCGUGAAUAAGCUCUUGAAGGGAGAAGUAGGGCCUCACACGGUCCACAUCCCAUCUGGAGAGAAGCUUUCUGUGUUCGACGCUGCCACGGUAAAUCUUGCUCUCUUUUGAUUCGAACACAUAUCCUCUUUUAGAAAAUCAAAAACAAAAAUAAAUAAAUUCGUGGGUGUUUGGCGAAAACGGAAAUGAUUGAUCUUCUGAUUUCUACAUCCGAUGCUUAAUAGUUAUUACUAUUUUGAGCAGAGAUACAAAUCCCAGGGGCACGACACAAUCAUCUUGGCCGGGGCUGAGUAUGGCAGCGGAAGCUCCCGCGAUUGGGCGGCUAAAGGACCAAUGCUACUGGUACGUAAGCUGAACAAACUCAUAUUCUGAAGGAGAAUCCUUCACCUCUGCUUUAUCGGUAUGUGUGGAUCCGGAUGCAGGGCGUGAAGGCCGUCAUCGCCAAGAGCUUUGAGAGGAUCCACCGCAGCAAUCUGGUGGGGAUGGGCAUCGUCCCCCUCUGCUUCAAGGCCGGGGAGGACGCCGAGACGCUCGGCCUGACCGGCCACGAGCGAUUCACUAUCGACCUCCCUAGCUCCGUGAACGAGAUCAAGCCGGGGCAGGACAUCACCGUGAAGACCGACACCGGCAAAUCCUUCACCUGCACCGUUCGCUUCGACACGGAGGUACCCCAGAACCAUCCGAUUCACGGCUUCCUUUCUUUAGCGAGAGAGAGAGAGAGAGAGAGAGAGAGAGAGAGAGGUGGAGAGCACAGGCUGAUUCCUCUCUCAUCUGCUGCAGGUGGAGCUGGCCUACUUCAACAAUGGCGGAAUUCUUCCGUACGUCAUCAGGAACCUGAUCAAAGCGGACAGCUGA